UUCUAUCCCCCACGACAAUAGUCAAUCCGGAUUCAUCGCCUCUUGUCACCAUCAUCACCAUCAUUAUCGCUGUUCAAAUCCGAGCGUGGUCGAGCGGAUCUAACGUAUAGCCUGUAACAAGCACUGCGUCUAAAUCCGACUGGGUUUCGCCCUCCUGCGUAUACAAUCGAUCGACACUGCGGUUCAGCCAUGGCCAGAAUUUGGGUCUUCUGGGGCGGGCUUUGGCUCGUCUGCGGGCUCAUCCUUGCCUCGCCGAACAUGGGGCGUCAGGCAGGAGAAAUGGAGGUGGAGUGUGCUAGAUGCAAAGAUACGGCAUUCUCGUCAUUCAAUCCGGGAGCAUGCAAUGAGCCGUUGGUGUGUAGUCAGCACCGGGUGGCCACUGGCGGCAGGUGCACUUUCUGGGAGGAAGAACGAUUCCGGAUCCGGUGCACUCACUGCGCCUACACGACUUAUGAACACCCUAACUUGCCUUUGCAUCAACACUCCGUCCGGUGCACCCGGUCCUGUCCCUCUCAUGGCACUCCUGCAAGGUGAUAUAUCCCACAAGCAGCAAUAUACUCUCAAACACCUCUGGCCCUUCUCAUAUAUAAAUACACAACCAUCAUCUAUAUUACUCCAUCCCAAGGUAGAAAAAAAGUCUUCAAAUUACAU